ACUUCUUUAUUUUUCCAAGAGAAGGGGAUCGGAAGACCGACCUUUCAAUCUUCAAAACCCUAACCCUAGCCGCCAUCGUUGUUAAGUUUGUCUCUCUGCUCAUGUAGUUUUUUUGUUCUGUUUUGAGAUAAUCAGGAUCUCAUCUCUCAAUCGGGGUGAGGUUAUUGAUUCUUGUGUUUUAGAGAAGAGCAGCGAAAAGCGGAGGAGAUGACUAGGAGGUGUUCGCAUUGCAGUAACAAUGGACACAAUUCAAGAACAUGCCCCAACAGAGGAGUCAAGCUCUUCGGUGUUCGUUUAACAGAUGGAUCGAUUAGGAAGAGUGCUAGUAUGGGAAAUCUAACGCACUACACUGGAUCCAACGGCAAUAACCAUCAUAACACCGGGACCAAUCCUAGUUCGCCCGGCGAGACGCCGGAGCACGGUGCCGCUGCUGAUGGUUACGCUUCUGAGGAUUUCGUCCCCGGUUCUUCUUCUAGUCGCGAGCGAAAAAAAGGGGUGCCAUGGACCGAAGAGGAACAUAGGAUGUUUCUACUUGGUCUUCAGAAGCUUGGUAAAGGUGAUUGGCGUGGAAUAGCACGCAACUAUGUAGUAUCAAGAACGCCAACUCAAGUGGCAAGCCAUGCUCAGAAAUAUUUUAUCCGACAAAGCAAUAUGUCCAGGAGAAAAAGAAGAUCCAGCUUGUUUGAUAUCAUAGCUGAUGAAUCAGCCGACACUCUUCCAUCUGCAUCACAGGAACUGUACCCCAUCAGCAAUUCUCAAGCUGAAAAUCAGAGCAACAACCUUUUGCCAGCUCCACCAGCUGUGGAAGAAGAAUGCGAGUCAAUGGACUCCACAAAUUCCAAUGAUGGCGAAGUUACCAUUCCAAAGGCAGAGAGUUCACAAUGCAGUUAUCCAGUAGUAUUUCCUACAUAUUUCUCGCCGUUCUUCCCAUUUUCUUUCCCAUUUUGGCCGGGUUACAGUGCAGAGGGAGCAACAAAAGAGACACAUGAAGUUGUUAAGCCAACGGCAGUGCAUUCAAAGAAUCCAAUCAAUUUUGAUGAGCUGGUGGGAAUGUCAAAACUAAGUCUAGGAGAAUCCCUUGGCCACUCCGGACCUUCAUCUCUCUCACUAAAAUUGCUUGAAGGAUCUACUAGGCAAUCUGCUUUCCAUCCUAAGCCCACCAGUGGUGGGUCUGACAUGGACACAAGCAGCAAUCCGAUUCAUGCAGUCUAAUCUGUGGUGAAUGGUUGGGCCUGUGAAAUUUUAGUUAGUUCAGUACUGAAAUAUGAUGCAGAUCCUCUGUUUAUACAAGAACAAUAAUGUGCAGAUCUGGUUUGAAUUCUUCAGUUACAAUUUUUUUUACCCUGUGGAGUUCAUUCAAUAAUUACUGAUUCUUAGAUGUCCAUUAA